AGUAAGAAGUAAGUAGCAGGCUGAGGUUUGGGCCAUUAUGUUCCGUUUGUGGCGUUGCAACAGCACGCUUGUGACCCAGUCUGUUUUCUGGCGCAUAAAACAGUCGAGGAUGACCACCCAGCGCAACGUAAAAACGGACGAGAGCGGGUCGAUUCACUCCAAACGACUACAGGAAGUGAACGACGUUCCGAUUGACGUCAUCAUCCGGCCGUUUCCUCCUGUUCUGGACGAGCAGAAAGUCCAGAGCCUCGUCAAUACAAUAAAGGCUGGAGCAGACAUCCACGUUGUUCCUCCAAUCGAUGUCGUCUGGAUCAAAGGCAGAGAAGGGGGAAAUUAUUUCUACUCAUUUGGAGGCUGUCAUCGCUUUGCUGCCUACCAGAGGUUGAAAAUGCAGACAAUCCCUGCCAAGAUCAUUAAAUCAAACAUCUCAGACCUCAGAACUUACCUGGGGGCCUCAACCCCUGAUUUGCGGUGACCAAGGGCUUGAAUGGAGUAACCUGCGAGUAGGGGACUUUUUGAUGAUGCAUAGCAGAUAGUCAUCCAUCAGGGGGCGACAUAUAUCAAACGCAGAUAAUCUAAGUGUGUCAAAUGAAGUUCAGCAGGAAAAUAUUCGAUUAUCUCUACACUGUUGUUGUUGUUGUUUAAAGUAAUAGACAGGUAGCAUAUCAAUGGUGACAUAAUUAGUCAUCUGUGGAUAUUAAUCCCGGUACAGUAUUUUAGAAGUUGUUAAUGUUUGUUAAUGUCUGACAGGUGUUUAUUGGAUCUAAUGAAAGACUUUAUGCCACAUAAAUUUCAGUUUUCGUAAAUUGGGGGAUUCUUAGUUUUGCAUUACUGUUUAGGUUUGACUGACUAUUUAAGUGAAGAUGAUUUUCCAUGCAGGAGAACCCACAUCGCAUACUGCAAAGAAUUUGAUUAUUUUUAAAAUAUUGUAUUUAUUAGUUAUGUACUACAGUUUUUAGUAAUGUCAUUCUUUUAAUGAUAUACUGUCAUACUAGAAUGGCACAAAAAUAUAUAUUCUGUGCACUAUUUACUCAUAAAAUUAAUUUCAUUCAUCCUUCCUCUGAUUAUCUUUGUAUUAUAACUCAAAAUGUGUCUGCCACUGAAGAUUUGUCAGAAAUAGUCCCACAUACAGUAAUUGUCAAAAGAAAAGUGUAAAUGUGUUACUUUAAAAUCCCAAAAUCUUACACAUGGAACCUUUUUAGGACACCUCCUGUUAAUUCAUA